AAAUGAAUAAAUAUAAAAGGGGGAAAACAGAUACAUGAGCUGCGGUUCCUUUAAUGAUAUCUAAUCCCAUUUCAGGAAUGCAGUCCACACUGCCCAUUUUGCACCUUUGAGUGGUCUUUUUAAAAUAUUUUUUAUUCCCAAUUACAUUUUUUUUUUUUUUUUUUUUUUUUUUGCUUAUUUUGUUUCCAGUAAUUCAUUAUUUUGAUAUUCAGAACAAUAAGUCCAUUCACAGAUAUGAAAUGCAUUGCGUGUGAUGAGAAAUAAACUGAAAAAGUUAGAUUUGUGUGCGAUUUACUAAUAGGAACUCAUUUCACCCCUCUUGGGUCUCAAGCUGUUUUACAAAAUGAGGUGACGCAUGCGCUGAAGUAAUUGUUUAUCAUGGAGGCGAAUUUGACAGCGAAAGGCUGUUGUGUUUGAAAUGACGACGAUUAUCGUUGCUUUCGUGUGGAAUUAAAUGGUUUCAAUGGUAUUCGCCGACGACCGUUACCGGUUCUAAAAAUUAUGUCGUUAUGGGGGAUACGUUAAAACGCUUUAUUUCACUUAGACGCUUGUAAACACUGAAAUGGAAAGAGAAACUUACGUAAAGUUUUCCGUCUCUCGACUCAAAGACGAGUUAAAGAAAAAAGGAGCCACCACGAGAGGCAGAAAAGCCGACCUUAUAGACAGGCUUAAGGCAUAUGAUAGAAAUAAAGAUUUCAAGAAUGACCCAAUUCAUAUACCUGAGCCUUUGGAAGUUGAUUGGCCAACGAGGGGAUUUCAACAGCUCCAGGAAUCACAUAAAGAAGAAAUCCCAGAGAUAGGCAUUGAGCAGAUAGACAUGUAUUUUGUACAUAGAUUAGCAGGUGACAGACAAAGCACUGGUGAUGUCAAGGCUAUCGAGAAAGGAAGGCUGCUUGUUGAAAGUGAUAGAGUCUUGGCUGUGUCAUAUUUAAAGGAAGAUAAUUCCCUGUUCUUUACAGGCAUUGUUGGCGCAACCAUGAAAACAAAGGCAAGUAUUACAUUUAAUUUGUGGAUAUAAUAUACAUUGUAGUACUAAUUGUACAUGUACCAUGUAUGUUAUCAGUUAUUUUCUCUUAUUUUAUUACUCUGUACUGAG